GGUGUCAGCAGUUUGCGAACUGAUAAUGCAUCUAUCUUAAGGUUGGGUUAAGGUCCACGUAAUAUUUCAACAUAUCAUAAUUUACAAGUAUAUUGCCUUAUUUAUUGCAUUUAUAAACGGAACAAGGGAUAUGCUUAACUAUUCGCAGAUCAAUAAAAGAUGAUAAACAUGAACUAGCUUGGAAUAUUUGGAGGACUGGAAUGUUUCAGAAACAUUGCAAAUAUUUAGAUAUAUUUUGUUGGCAUUCAAAACAUGGAGGAUUCCGAUUAUGCAGACACGUGUUUAGAGGCUAUUCUUGACAAAGACGUUGAAACAUUUGAACAAGUGUUGCAAGAUAUCCAGCAAAAUUCAACACAGCAAAGAAGGUCAAAGUGGGUUCAACACAUUCCCGUGUUAUGUACUAUGUGCAACAAUCAUAUUUUCUUGGAAAAAGUUCGUCUGCAAUUAGGUGACGUAUAUAAUUUCGAGUCGUCUGCUUGUUUAGGGGACAGGAUAAGUGUGUUUGAGAUAGCGCAUUUUCUGGACUACAGAGAGUGUAUAGAAAUUUUAAUCAAACUUUAUGGUGAACCUAGCAAAAAUAAGAGCGAAGAAACCAAUCUGUUACGGAAGGAUUUUUACAUGUUUGCGAAUAUCCUUAAUAUUGCAAAUCUGUUUAGUUCGUAUCUACAGGAUUCGGUGUCCAAUAUCGUCAUUCGAUACUUCCGGAGACUGGUUGAAAACGGCCUCGACAUUCGGGUGCGUGGACCAAGAAAUACAACACUUCUUCACGAGGCUAUUUCGAAACUGUGCACCUUCGAAAUAGUAAAUACUUUAUUUUCUCAUGGGUGUGAUAUCAAUAGCGUUGACGACAAUGGACGAAAUGCGUUGUCGUUGUUUUUAGGGCAAGCUAGAUUCUCAAAAUGUAUGGCUCAUGAGAUAAUCUUGAUCCUUAGACGUUUGUUGUACCAGAACCCUGUUACGUCCAUAGACGGUGGUGUAAUUAUAAACGCUAUAUUUUACGACAGGAAGAAAUUUCCUGACGAUUAUGACUUAUCAGACGAUGAAUUUUGUACGGACACAGAAAGUGCGAGAAUUAACGAGGACGAAUCGUUUGAAAAGGAACAUCCCAAUGAGUAUUUGCGACUUUUGCCAUGGUUAUACAAAUAUGGUUUUCAUAUUUCCCAGGCGAAUAGAGAUUUGAUCGAAUCGCCAAAUCUUUUCACUCAAUCUAUAAAGUACAAUCUGUCUUUAAGUAGUCCGCGUACUUUGAAAAGUAGGGCACGUGUAGUGUUUCGUGACGCAUACCCUGGACAAAGACUACAUGAAGUUAUGACUGCAAUAACGCUUCCACCUUCUAUUCGGGAAUAUAUAUUGAUGGAAUGCCUAAAUAUAGGCUUAUGAUAUCAUGAAUCAACAUGUGAGCAACUCCAUAAUUAUAGUGGUAUCAGCUUAAGUUAUGGCACUUGAAUAUAUAAUUGUGUUAUGUUUGUCCGGAUUACAUCUCUUAUACCACUAAUGCAAUUUCAAUGACACUUUUCAGGAGUGAUUGGUAGUUCCGGUUAUUGUGCAUAUUACACAUGUUUUCUGCUUCAUUGAGUUUUAGCUUGACUUAAAAAAAAAACAAAAAAAACUAUAGAGGUAUUGUUACAGUCAUGUCGGCGUUACCGUCCGCAAACUUGUACCUUGAUCAUGAAUUCAUUAAAACACAUCAAUAUUGAAAGCUCAUAAUAAAUAAUCAAAAGUUUAUAUAAUUAUUAUAAAUCUUAUGAAACUCAAUAGUUUAUUUUCUGUGUUCUUACACAUCUUAUUCUUAUAAAUCUUUAACACUUAACACAUUGCUAAAUUGCUUGGAAUUCGGUGAAACUUCGUUUGGACAAAAUGUGUGUACUAUAUUCGUCAAACUGACAGUAUGAGGACAUUUAGUGAACUUUACUGUCCUCACAGGGCGAUGCCUUAAGCGGAAGCGGAAGUAUGGUUAUCGUAGCUGU